AUGGGCAACUCACAAUCCUCCAGCGCGGCCAACGAGUCGGCCGCGGUCGAGAAGAUGCUCGUGCAACAACUCCAGAACCUCCGGACGCGCGAUAAGAUCCGACAGCUGGAGGUGGAGAGGGAAUACAUCCACGUCGACGCGGAGAAGGGCAUCCCGCAAGCAUACUCUGCGGACCCUACGCUCUCAGUCAAGACGGCGGAGGAAUGGGAGAAAGAACUGCUGGCCGACCCGAAGAACCGACUGGCAUUGAAUGCCCUGCUCUCCAAUGACAUCCGCUCGGUGGUGUCGAACAAAGUGGCCACCCUGACGGACACACAGACGUUCAACGUCAAGAUCCCGUUCGAGGGCACCCCGGUCACGAACCAACGGUCGUCAGGCAGAUGCUGGCUGUUCGCCACGACCAAUGUGCUUCGCGUGGCGGUGAUGAAGAAACACAACUUGAAAGAGUUCGAGUUGAGCCAGGCAUACCUGUUCUUCUGGGACAAGCUCGAGAAGGCCAAUUGGUUCCUGGAGCAGAUCAUCGACACGGCCAACCAGGACUUGGACAGCCGUUUGGUGCAAGAGUUGCUCGGCGCCCCGGUCAGCGACGGCGGUCAAUGGGAUAUGGCGGCUAACCUGGUGGCCAAGUACGGAUUGGUUCCUCAAAAACUCUACCCGGAUUCAUACAACGCCAUGAACUCAUCGGCCAUGAGUUCGAUCUUGACCACCAAGCUACGUGAAGAUGCGGUCGUUCUGCGAUCGAUGGUGAACACGGCGUCGAUCAAGAAAUCGUCCAUCGUCGGCGCAAAGGCCAAGAUGAUGCAAGAGGUCCACUGCAUCCUGACUCUGAUGCUGGGACCUCCGCCCAAACCCGACGAGAAAUUCACGUGGGAACACUACGACGCCAACGACAAGUACAACAAAGUGGUCAAGACGCCACUCGAGUUCGCGGCCGAGCUCUCCAGCCCCAGCGUGGUGCGCGCCUUGAAUGCCAACGUGAGCGAACUGUUCAGUCUGGUCAACGACCCGCGCAACACAUACAACCAACUCCUGACGGUGGAGCGGCUGGGCAACGUGAUCGGGGGUCGACCCAUCACCUACGUCAACGUCGACAUGGCGACGAUCAAGAAGGCCAGCAUCGCCAUGCUGCGCGCCGGCCUGCCCGUCUUCUUCGGCAGCGACGUGGGCAAGUUCUCCAACUCGACCUCGGGCAUCAUGGACCCGGCUUUGUACGACUACGGGCUGGCGUUCAACAUCAGCCUGAACCUGAGCAAGAGCCAGCGCCUGAAGGUGCGCGAGUCGGCCAUGACCCACGCCAUGGUCCUCACCGCCGUGCAGGUUGAGGGUGGUAAGCCCGUCCGCUGGCGCGUCAUGAACUCGUGGGGCGAGGCCGCCGGCGACAAGGGUUACUUUGUCAUGACCGACAAGUGGAUGGACGAGUUUGUCUAUCAGGUCGUCGUGGAUCCUGGCUUCGUGUCCAAGGAGAUCAAGGACCUGCUCCAGACCGAGCCACUGGUUCUUCCGCUAUGGGAUCCUAUGGGGGCGCUGGCUUAG